AUGAGUAGAAAGGUUUACGAAUGUCCGUCGAACGAGGAGUAUUUGCUUUGCGGAUCCGCUUGCCCGUACAACUGCACCAACCCUCAGGAACCAGUAGUCUGCGGCGAAGAAUGCAUCGAGGGUUGCUUCUGCAAGUCCGGCUACUUGAGGAAUGAGACCGGUACCUGUGUGCCCAUUGAAGAAUGCGUCCGCGACUCGGCGCCAGUCUGCCAGGAGAACGAAGAGUUCAUGCAUUGCGGGAGCGCUUGUCCGGCAACCUGCUCCCAGCCAGAACCCCUGGUUUGCAGUCUUGUUUGCAGCGUUGGUUGCUUCUGCAAGUCAGGCUACUACCGGGAUGAGGGCAGCAAUAAAUGUGUGACCUUAGACAAAUGCUCUAGGAGGUCUCUCAGACUUGAGCCUUGUUCCAACAAGAACGAGGUAUACGAUAUGUGCAACGCCGCGUGCCAGCCCACUUGCUCGGACCCCGACCCUGUCUGCACGAGGAUCUGUUCGGCUGGUUGCGUCUGCUCCGCUGGCCUGCUGAGGAGCGCCGCCGGUACUUGCGUCAGCGUGGACAAGUGCCCCACCAACGGGACCAUCACUGGCCCCCUCUCGAAGUACUUGAACGCGAUCACGAAAAUCCUGCACUUGUCGUACGUU